AUGGCACAAAAGAUGGGAGCAAUGGAGGCACUUUUGAAAAGCAUGUAUAUGCAACAAAAUCCACAUUUAACUGAAGAGGAAGUAUAUGAUAAGAUGACAGAAGUUUUGAACAAUGAUAAUAUUCCAACACCACGCUCAUCGACAUCAACCUAUGCUCAUGUUCAUCAAAAGGUUACACACGAAGAUGAUCCUCAAGAUGAACAAGAUGAAGAUCUCUUAGAUGACGAAGAUCUCCAAGAUGAUGACGAUCUUCAUUAUGAUCAAGAUGACGAUCUUCAAUAUGAUCAAGAUGACGAUCUUCAAUAUGAUGAAGACCGUCAUUGUUUCAAACAUGGAUAA